ACCCGCUAUAGCUUGAGCUUCCUUGAACUUCACACGUCACUAAAAUCACCAACGACAGCACCAGAGACGGGGAAGAUUCAGGAGAUCGACAACCAAACAAAAAUACAACCAUGGCGCGACUCUCGCAUUGUACCGUAUCUUCAAUCAAUAGAAGCGCAAUCGAUAUUGCAUCGGCAGAGCUGGGAAACCUGCUGCUGCGACUACAAAAGACCGUUCUUCAUACAGAUAGCGACCGCGAACGACGACUACGAUCGAGCGAAUUCGAAAGAGCACGAGUAGCAUCUAACCUCGAAUACGCACGAAACUCUUUGACGAAACUAGAACACGAUGCGCUGGGGAUUAAAGCGCCAGGUCGGAGGGCUGAAGUACAAAGCGACUUGAAUGCGAAAAGAGAGCUUCUAGGACUGCUACUGGAUCGAUUAGAAGACUUGAGACAAGUGGCAAUUGAAGAGGACGAAGAUGAUGGGAGUACCGACGGAGAAGAUAUCCUCUCAGAAAUAAUACCGACGCCGAGCGAUAGCAUAGUCGAUUCCAUAUCAACAGGCCAACCCACUGAAAGCUCAGGACAAGAUGAUGAUGCCGAGUCAGAACCCCCCGAGGCAACAACGAUACCAGUGACAACAGCCACAGUACCAGCACCAGCAUCAACAACACCCCCUGACACGUCAACAACAUCGCAAGAGCACAAACAACAACCCACACAAACAACGCAGAACCUAAGAUCAAGAGGCGCACCUUCAUCUUCAUCAACGCCUGCCCAUUCAACAGCACGCGCGGCGCUUUUCGCCAACCGGAGUAAACCCACUACUCCCCAAACAUCAACAGCAACAGCCGAAGCCUUACUUGACCAUCAACGAGCCGAACAGGAAGCCCUUUCCGAAUCGAUUCUUCAGAUGGCGAGUGCCCUAAAGUCAAGCUCACAACGGUUCUCAACUACUCUUGAGGCAGACAAGGACGUAGUGGCGCGUGCAGGUGAGGGAAUGGAUAAGACGGAACAGAGCAUGGAGGCGGCGAAGGGGCGAAUGGGUAUGCUCAAGAGGAUGACAGAAGGAAAGGGAUAUUUUGGGAGGCUACUCCUGUAUGCAUAUAUCGCUUUGCUUGCUGUGGCAUGCACACUCGUGGUCUUUGUUUUACCGAAGUUGAGGUUCUGAAGCUCGGAAACAACAAGGAGACUGGCAAUAACACAUCGGUUUGUGUAUAAAUGAAUAAAUUAUAAGCCAUUACGAGCAUUGCUGUGUAACUAGCUAUCGUUCCAUAUACGCCAAGCUUACUGAGCAACUGUCCCCAAGUUUCCCAAGAUAUGCACGUCCCAAUCAUAUGCUGCCCCAGCCGAUAGUAACCCAUUCUCAAGCUCCCUAGCAAUUGGGGUUGAGAUUCAAAAUUGAUAACCCGAGACCUGGCGCACUCGUUUCUGUCAUGCCCAGCAAGAUAGCAAGCCUGUAAUACCCAUAACCAUCAGAUGAACUCCAACUAAAGAGACUCUCGUGUCUCGAAUUCAAAGGAGAUUCCAAUCUCGCCUACAUCACCAGGAACCACGGCGGCGCCCUCGUCUACUGCAUGUGAGAGGUCUUUCUUAUCAAUAGAAGAGGCUGGGGUAGCAAGAGCACUCUUGGUCUCUGCGUCCAUAGAGGCAUCAGGCGGUUUGUCUGCUUCCUGAACUUCUUCAGACUCAGGAGGUGAUUCGGCCUUCUUUUCGCCCUCAAGGGUCUCUGAAUUAGCGAUAGCUGCUUUUUCGUCUUGAGAAUGCUCAAACUCAGAAGGGGGAAUAUCUUCCCUUUCUUCUCGAGGGAUUUUAAAGCUGGAGCAGGAAUCGUUUUCAUCGGUAAGCUUCUCAGGAUCAGGAGGAGAAGCCAUUUCAAUGUCGUCUCCAGACUCCUUUGGAUCCGUGCCAGACUCGUCCUUUGGAGCGCGAGGGGAAUCGGGAGGUGAAACCAUCACUUCGUCUUCGCCUUCUUCUUCAAGGGCUCUUGGGCCAUCAUCAGACUCAUCUUCAACCGAGUCAGUCUUACGCUCUUCUUCCUCGAGGGGAGGCCACGGCAAUCCACGAAUCCCAGCAUUGAUCUC